UAGCGAAGUUAGUUAUCAUCCGAAAACGAACACAUUGGCCCGAGGAUGACUUUGACUCCGUCUUGGUCCACUCCUCCUCGACAUAUAUUUAAUGUAUAUACGCAUAGCCAUCAUACUUGGAUCACUUUUUCUGUAGAAUUUUACCUUUCUCACUUCCAUUGUCGAUGUCGUCGAGCUUUCAUUUUCUUUUUUCUUUUUUUCUCAGAGACGAAGCUUCCUCUUCCUAAAUCAGAAACCUUGAAAAUUACACGCUUUGAAUAUCAAACCCGACGUUUCUUUUCUUGACCUUUUCACCCGAGAGAUCCCUUAUCCCCCCUCCCCCCAUGAAGUGCCUGUGAGGGGAGAUUUUCUGGUUGGUUGCCGAGGAAACAUCUGUUUUCUUUCCUCACACUUCUCAGGUUUGCUCGCAACAGGUUUGAGCCUCUCUGUAGAUGAUGAUGCCGCCCUGUGGAAAAAACAGAGUACGAGAAGAAACUUAUGACAUGAAACACCAUAGAAACAAAUUCGUAAGUGAUGUCUUCCGUUCCAGGUUGGAUGAAUUCCCGACCAAAACCAGGCCAUCUCUAACAGCAGCUCUCAAUAAUGUUAGAAAGGGCCUCGAGAAGGGUUCUAAGAACAUACGGGCAUUCAAAACAUCGUUCCGUUUUCACACCGGGAACGACCAUUCCGCCAAGAAGGAGAGGGUCGGAACCAGGAUGACAGUUCUGAAUCCACGAGACUCGUUUCUUCAGAACUGGAAUAAGGUUUUCCUGCUUCUGUGUGUCAUCGCUCUGGCAUUCGAUCCAUUGUUCUUCUAUAUUCCGGUUGUGGACCGGGACAACUUCUGUCUCAAUCUGGACAAGAGGCUGCAGAUAAUAGCCUCUGUCCUCCGGACAGUGAUCGACGCGUUUUACGUCAUCCACAUCGUGUUUCAGUUUAGAACUGGGUUUGUCCCUCCUUCUUCAAGAGUUUUCGGAAGAGGCGAGCUCAUCGAUGAUCCAAAGGCCAUAGCCAAAAGAUACCUCUUCUCAUACUUUGUGGUGGACAUUCUUGCAAUUCUGCCUCUUCCACAGGUAGUGGUUCUGGCUAUCAUUCCAAAGAUGAAACGGCCUGCCUCAUUGGUGACGAAGGAGCUUCUGAAAUGGGUAAUAUUUUGCCAAUAUGCACCGAGAAUCACUCGUAUCCUUCCCCUUUUCAAAGAGGUUACUAGAAAUUCAGGUAUGGUAACGGAGACAGCGUGGGCUGGAGCUGCUCUAAACCUCUUCCUCUACACACUGGCUAGUCAUGUGUUUGGAGCCUUCUGGUACUUGAUUUCGAUAGAAAGGAAAGACAGAUGUUGGCGUGAAGCUUGUGAGAAGAUACCUGAAUGCAUUCACGCGAAUCUGUACUGUGAAAAAAGUGGCGAAAACAACAGGCGAUUUCUAAACUCGACUUGCCCAUUAAUCGACCCUGGUCAAAUCACAGACCCGACCGUCUUCAACUUUGGGAUAUUCACCGAUGCAUUGCAGUCUGGGGUGGUGGAGACAAUGGACUUCCCCAAGAAGUUCUUGUACUGCUUUUGGUGGGGCCUCCGAAAUCUCAGUGCAGUUGGGCAAAACCUGAACACAAGCGAUUUUGUUGGGGAGGUUAUCUUUGCCAUUAUCAUCUGCGUUUCUGGAUUAGUCUUGUUCGCUCUGUUGAUCGGCAAUAUGCAGAAAUAUCUACAAUCAACUACAGUAAGAGUAGAGGAAAUGAGGGUGAGAAGGAUGGAUGCAGAACAAUGGAUGUCUCACCGUAUGCUACCGGAAGAGAUGAGGAAACGCAUCAGAAGAUAUGAGCAGUACAGAUGGCAAGAAACCCGAGGAGUCGAGGAAGAAUCUCUCCUUCGCAGCCUUCCAAAAGAUCUCAGACGGGACAUUAAAAGCCAUCUUUGCCUCAACUUACUAAAGAGUGUUCCUUGGUUCCAGGCCAUGGAUGAGAGGAUACUAGACGCAUUGUGUGACCGUUUGAAGACGAAGCUUUACACUGAGAACAGCUACAUUACACGUGAGGGUGACCCAGUUGAGGAUAUGCUGUUCAUAAUGAGAGGCAAUCUGAUAAGUUCAACGACUAGUGGCGGAAGAACUGGUUUCUACAAUGCGAUUCCCCUCAAGGCCGGCGAUUUCUGCGGAGAUCUCUUUACAUGGGCUCUGGAUCCUCAUUCUUCUUCUAACCUUCCCACCUCGACCACAACAGUACAGGCUAUAACCGAAGUAGAAGGCUUUGUUCUGUCAGCCGAUGAUCUCAAGUUUGUUGCUACUCAGUACCGUCGCAUCCAUAGCAAACAACUUCGUCACAUGUUCAGGUAUUAUUCGGUGCAAUGGCAGACAUGGGCAGCAUGUUUCAUUCAAGUAGCAUGGAAGAGACAUUGUGGAAGGAAGCUUUCAAAGGCUUUACUCGCAGCAGAAGAGAUCAAACUACAAAGCACUCUCCAGACUGAUUCAGGAAACCCAAAACUCAAAUUGGGCGCCACCAUUUACGUUUCGAAGUUUGCUUCCAACGCCAUACGAAAUCUGCGAGCAAAUUCAGCAAGCUUCUCCAGAUAUCCCAAGAUGCUACCCCUCGUGCCUCAGAAACCAGCCGAUCCUGAGUUUGAACCUGUGGAUGAAACUUAGCAUCCUCUCAUUACCAGGUUUAAGUAAGAGAUGCUGAAAUGUGUAUAAUCAUUUCUCUCCAUUUUAUCUGUAUAUAUUGGGUUAAAGACAUGCCUAGAUGCACUCUAGGUUUUGAAGAACCGAGAGUGUCGAUUUCAAGUAAACUUGGAAAGAAAGCUUUCCAAUGCCUUAAUAAAAACAACUCAGAGAAUCGAGAAUAUCA